AUGUCGAGAAGAGAUGACGAGCAAAUAUUCAAGGAAGAGGACUGGAUGUUGGCUCUGUGCAGCAAAUGUUUGAAGUCUUCUGUCGGCGGACAACCAUUUGCCAUCCCUGCAGCCGUUGUCAAGCCACAUUUAGCCAGUGAAGUACGCUUCCUUACCAGUUUAUGUUGGAAGAGUUGGAGGUUACAACUUGCGACGGAUGCUGGUGGGGAGGAAGAACCAGCUACACAACAACUUGCCUUUGCUAGCGCGCCAAUUGGUGCGCUACUGAUGAAACCUAUUUUGCUAGAUCGGCGAUACGUGUAUCCCUCCCAACUUGGGUGGAAACAACUGGGUCCUAGCUCCGCUGCGGGUUUGGAUGCUCUCAGUUGGCCAAAUUUCUCCAACAAAGACACUGUAUCAGAAGAGGCAAGUGGAUGGGGAACAUCCACUACGCAGCAUGUCGCAGCUGAUGUAAUAUCCUGGCCGACGUUUUUGUGCAUUGAUGGGCAAGGAUCGCAUGCCAACCGCAGAAAACCCUACGAAACGGAGCAAAGUGUGAAUCCCACAGUGAAUGGAGAAUAUAAACCCCCUCCCGCGCCACACGCUCUAACUCAACCCCUUAUAAACACUGUCGUGCGUUUCGUUUUACCGGUCUCGUUUAUACACUGGCCUCGUUAUUUUAUUGUCAGCCGUAUUUUUGCUGCGGACUUCAUCCAAGAAGUCCUCUUCGAGAAGCCCUCUUCACCGUUGAUCAAUGGAAAGAAACCUUUUGAAUUCCGGUCUGCCAAUGCAGCAAAGCGGUUCAUGAGAAAUGCAGCCAGCUUGAUUGAAGAAGGGUUUAGUAAGCGCUUUUUCGCCUUAUUACUGAUGAUGGUCCCAGGGUCGUCCUCUCAGCUGCCUUACAUUGAUGAGAUCCGCAACCACCCUGCAUUGAACUUUAAUUCGGCCAUAUCAAAAGAGUUUCACGCCGAUUUCCCUGGAUUUGAUACCUUCAAGCAAGGAGCAACAGCAUGUGAGAUCUUUCAGGACGCCGUCCGGAUAAAACUAACGCAAAGCCUUGGAAACGUUACAGGACUUCUUUCUUCUGAGACUGCUCUCGUCCUUGAGACACAAUGGACAGAUAAUUCCUAUUGGCAUGAUAUUCCCCUCAAAACAAGUAUUCUCAUAAUGGUGGCCCAGCUGUCAUCCAAGGUCUUCCUAGGUGAAAAAAUACGUCGCAACCCAGACUGGCUUCGUAUCACCAUCUCCUACACUGUCGAUUCGUUUAUCGCUGCUACGGCCCUCCGUCAGUGGCUCGCGCUGACGCGCCGGCUGGUAGCCAACUUCUUGCCAUCGUGCUGUAAACUCCGACAGGAAAUUGAGCAAGCAAGAGCUAUCAUAAACCCAGCCCUUGAGGAGAGACGCAUGGCAAAAUUAGCCGCAUUCUCCUUGACCCAUAGUGGACGUGAGGAGAUUGUUCAGGAGCUUCGCAAUGAGAUUGUAACGGUUAUUCAGUCACAGGAAGGAUACAUUGUACUAUCCGGUAAAACAAUCGUGCCUAAGGGCUCGAUGGUUAUUGUCGCCUGUAACAAAAUGUGGGAUUCAAACAUCUAUCCGAAAAGAGCCCGACCACCUUUUGACUCGUACCGAUUCUUGAAGCUCCGCAAGACGCCUGGCCAUGAGACGUCUGCACAGUUAGUGUCACCUUCCCCAGAACACUUGGUAUUCGGAUUCGGGAAAACAUGCCUGCCCGGGACGCCUCUUUGCAGCCAAUGA